AAAGAAUCCAGAGACAGCCAGCUUUUGAGAAAGGAGCACCACCCACCCAACAGCCCUCCCCAAAACCCUCGUUUUCCUAGGGAACAUCUCUCUACCUCUCUGACUCUCGCUACCUCAUCAUCGUCAUCGUCAAGCAUAUUGCCCUUCGUUGAUUGAUUGGUUCCCUCUGCCCACCCUCGUUGCCCACUCACUACACACGGACUCCGUACGCAAACCGCAAACAUGAAGUCCUUCGCUACUACUGCUCUUCUCAUCGCUGGUGCCAGUGCCGCCGCUUUGCCUGGGGCCCCAGGCAACUCAGCUGGCGCCGGUGGCUCAUGGGGUGACUGGACCUCGGCGAGCUGUGUCCCCAGCACCACCACCGAGUACUCGACUGCGUGGAGCACGGCCUGGUCGACGGCCUGGUCAACGGCUUGGUCGACUGCCUAUUCCACCGUGACAACUGUCCAGGUCAGCACUGCCACUGUCCCGGUCACUCAGUUCUCGACCGUGACCGUGCCCACCACCGUCGUCAAGACUGUCCCAACUACUGUCCCGGUCACUGUCCCAGUCACCCAGUUCUCAACCGUGACUGUGCCAACUACUGUCGUCAAGACCGUGCCAACCACCGUUCCAGUUACCGUUCCGGUCACUCAAUUCUCAACUGUGACUGUGCCCACGACCGUCCAGGUCAGUGUUCCAGUCACAGUCCCAGUCACUCAAUUCUCGACUGUCACGGUGCCAACGACCGUCGUCAAGCCGACAACCCUCUACAACACCGUGACGACCGUCAGUGUCAGCGUCAGCACCGCGACCGUCCCCACGACCGUCGUCUCGACUGUCGUCAAGCCAGUCCCAACGACAGUCACUGUGCCCACCACGGUUCAGGUCCCAACCACCAUCCCCACCACAGUCUACACCACCGUCUACUCGACUGUGACUCCUGCAGCUGAGACACAAGUCGUCACCGUGACUGCCUCUUGCAGCCAAGGUUGGGGUGACUGGACGAGCAAGAGAUAGAUCUGAAGUGGUGUUUCUCUCAGCCGUGCCGUCCUUCGCUUGUCUAUCUAUCGAGGGACGCCGGAGCCACUUUUGACGAAAAUCUUUGCCAGUCUUUGAAAACUUUUUAUGAGCAUGAUGAUUUAUCAUCUCACGACGCACGCAUCAACGACGUAUGACUCAUCUCAUCACCACCACGAAACCAUCAUACCGGAAUGGGAAAUUAUCAGCAGCAUAACUUAUUGUUUGUUCUCUUUUUGUUUUACUCCGUAUGCGUGUGGAAUCACUACUCAACUCGAGACCAUAAUGGGAUGGAGGUUGUCUGUUUGCUUCCAUCACCAUCACCACGGCCACGGCCACGUACCAACGCAACGUCAUCGUCACCAAACAUCAACCGAAACUCAAGGGCGUUCUUUACCGGAAGGACACGAAAAGCAUACGUCGGGUUGGGAUGGGUGGGGAAAGAGAAAGAAUAUGCUAAGCUGGUCGAAAUGAAUUUUUAUGACCAUCAUGAUGAUGAUGAGAAGAUGGAAAACCUCAUUCUUAGGAGGUAGUCAGCCUCCCUCAGGCCAUUUGUUUUUUCUUGGUUGCGUUCAGUACUACCUACUCCGUAUUGAGCAAGAGCACCACUAUUCAGUAAUUCAGUUCUACCGCCUGUUUGGUAUACGCAGAUACAUAUAUACGGAGUAUAAUUAAUCUUCUCACGAG